AUGACCGAGGCUCAGGUCGAUCAGACUCAAUAUCAAAUUUGGGUGGCGACUGGUAGAAAGCAGCUCUCUGUCGACCCUAUUCAUAGAUUGAUAAUCAUGAACCAUCCAAGAGCGGAGAAGUGCGUUUGGUUUCAUUGCGAGGGCUGGUCAGGGUAUUGGAUACCUCGAAUUGAACCCGACAUGCCGUUGCAGAACUACUGGGUCGAGAGUAAGAUCUUUGUCGCCAAUAUCCCAGCAUCAGCCGGGCCUACCAUCGAGAAAGAGGCCAGAAAAAUUCCAGACCAGAAUUCUGGUCUUUGGGUUGCGUAUCUGCUUCUCAGGCUUCAGGGGGAGGGAUUGCUUCCCAAAGGGACGUAUGAAAAAUGGAGGGAGAAGCUUGAGGACCCCGAGAUCGAUGUGGAUCUAGGACCUAAUCGCGUUCUGUAG